AUGGGGCCCAACAGCCCGCGAGCUCGAGAGGGGAAGUAUCACGUGGUAACACUUCUUUACGACUGUCGUCACCACUUUCAUCUCCAGGCAACCGCUCCAUCAGCACUCACGUCACUGCGCACCCGAUCCGCGCGGUUGCAUAGUAACCCAGCCGUGCGCUCGCCUCGCGCCCCGCGCUGGGCUCUGACGUCGAGGACAGAGGCGGAGCCGCGUGGCCCGUCAGCUGUGGGCAUUCCACCGGUUUCAGAGCACAAGCGCUUUGAACCGAGACCGGAGGCUUUUGUUUUAAUGAGGGUGUCGCCUUAA